UAGAUGACCUGCUCUACCACCUGAGCUACAGCCACCCCACCACCAGUAGGCAACGGGUGAAGUGUCUUGCCCAAGGACACAACAACCGAGACUGCCGGAGCCGGGCUCGAACCGACAACCUUCCGAUUUCAAGACGAACACCUAACUCUUGAGCCACGAUCGCCCCACUAGAGCUAGUCCCCAGUUUUGAUUUGGGAGACAGACGAUCUCUCUAUCUUUAAGAUUAAGCUUAUGAUGAUGAUGUACUGGCUGCAUCUUUUUCACCUGUUUUUACUCUGUGUGUUUUCACACUUUGCAUCAAAUUUUGCAUACACUUUUUGUCCUGUCUCUCUUGGCUGACCUUCCCUGAGCCUAGUUCUGCUGGAGGUUUCUUCCAGUUAAUAGGGAGAUUUUGCUUUCCAAGUGCUUGGUCAUAGUGGGUUGUCUGAUUGUUUGAGUAUUCUCUCUAUUUUUGUAGGGGUCUUUACCUUAAAUAUAAAGAGCUGUUAUGAUUUAGUGCUAUAUAAAUGACAUUGAAGUAGCUAGUAUUCAGCAGUCAUUUUGCCUGUAGUCACUUAAAGUUGUCAAAUGGCAUUCACUUUUUAUGGUCUCUGGUGACCACGUGACUUCCAGUGUGGUUGAAGCUUUUAAGAUAUGUCAUGUUACUUUGCCAGGACAGUGGCUCUUUGUUUCUUCGAUUAGACGCUCACCAACUUUCUUGGAAUGUGUCCUGACAGCAGCACUGCAUUUACAAGCAUGGCACUGAUAUUCAUCUUGUCAUCAAGCACUGAAUGUUCUCUGACUCUUGCAGUGAAAAAAAAAUUAUCCAGUGGUCUGUUAGAAGUCAUACCUUCAUGUAUAAGCCCAUGUCUCAGUAUAUAAGAAUCAAAACUGUUCAGUUUCUUUUUUUUAUAUAUUAAAGGGUUAAUAUUGAUUAUUAAAUUAUGGAGUUUAAAGUUUUUUAAAAACUGUAUAAUCAUAAUAAGUUUGAGGGUAAUAUGCAGGGGGCUAGUUGCCAGAUUUCCCUGGUUGUUAAGUUUCAUCUCCUCCUGCUCCACAAUCCCCUUCAGGCACUCUGAUUUGCAGACAACUCUGAGUCUAAUGUAUGAGCAUUCACCCUGUUAUCACAGAUGCCCACCCAGUACAACACCGCCACAUAGUUUAUGGUCUACGCUGAUCUGUACUUCUUGACCAUCAUGCAUCGAGCUUAAUAGACUUUCAUAAAAAUAUUUCAAUGUUUUCUUCAUAUCCAGAAAGGCUAUUGUUGCAUCUCUCUGUCACCCAGCUGAUCUAAACACACCUCAUUCACAUCCUACCACAAUCAAACCCUGUUACAACAUACGGUCUAAUUUCAGAUAUGGCUUUUGUUAGUAAUAUUGACAAAGAUUACAUUAACUGCAUAUUGUUUGUGGAUACAUUUUUGUGUGGUCUAAACAUAUUUGCUGUUCAUAGGGGAACCAAAGGCAAGGACAUCAGCACUAUCAAGUCAUUGAGGGUUCUUCGAGUUCUCAGGCCUCUGAAGACCAUCAAGCGCCUGCCAAAACUCAAGGCGGUGUUUGACUGUGUGGUUAACUCUCUGAAGAAUGUGCUGAACAUCCUCAUUGUUUACAUCCUCUUCAUGUUUAUCUUUGCCGUCAUCGCAGUUCAGCUCUUCAAGGGGAAAUUCUUUUAUUGCACUGAUGAGUCCAAAGGCCUGGAGAAAGACUGCAAAGGACAAUUCCUAGAUUAUGACAAAGACGAGGUGGCCGCCAUGCCCAGAGAGUGGAAAAAGUAUGAGUUCCAUUAUGACAAUGUGCUGUGGGCUUUUUUGACCCUCUUCACUGUCUCGACCGGGGAGGGCUGGCCAACUGUUCUGAAGCACUCCGUGGAUGCCACCUUUGAAGACCAGGGUCCCAGUCCAGGCUAUCGGAUAGAAAUGUCAAUCUUCUACGUGGUCUACUUUGUCGUUUUCCCCUUCUUCUUUGUCAACAUCUUUGUUGCUCUAAUCAUCAUCACCUUCCAGGAACAAGGAGACAAGGCCUUGUCUGAGUGCAGCCUAGAAAAAAAUGAGAGGGCAUGUAUUGACUUUGCCAUAAACGCCAAACCGCUAACACGUUACAUGCCUGAGAACACACAGUCCUUCCAGUACAGGAUGUGGAAGUUUGUGGUAUCAGCUCCGUUUGAGUACUCCAUCAUGAUCAUGAUUGCUCUCAACACCGUGGUACUCAUGAUGAAGUUCUAUGGAGCUCCAGAGUUCUAUGAAGUAAUGCUAAAGAACCUCAACAUAGUGUUCACCACUCUCUUCUCUCUGGAAUGUAUUCUCAAGAUCAUUGCUUUUGGGCCAUUGAACUACCUAAAGGAUGCUUGGAACGUGUUUGACUUUGUGACAGUGUUGGGAAGCAUUACUGACAUCCUGGUGACGGAAAUCAAUACUACGGACAGGCUGCUCAACCUGAGCUUUCUGAGGCUCUUUAGAGCUGCUCGACUCAUAAAGCUGCUGAGGCAGGGAUACACCAUCCGCAUUUUGCUGUGGACCUUUGUUCAGUCUUUUAAGGCCCUGCCUUAUGUUUGUCUACUGAUUGCCAUGCUGUUCUUUAUCUACGCCAUCAUUGGAAUGCAGGUGUUUGGCAACAUUGAGCUGAAUGAGGAUACAGCUAUAAAUCACCACAACAACUUCCGCACAUUCCUUCAGGCUCUCAUGCUACUGUUCAGGAGUGCAACUGGAGAGGCUUGGCAUGAGAUCAUGUUAUCAUGCUUGAGUCACCGUACAUGUGAUGAGCGAUCAGGGACCCACGGAAAAGAGUGUGGCAGCGAUUUUGCCUAUUUCUACUUUGUCUCUUUCAUUUUUCUCUGCUCUUUCCUGAUGCUGAACCUGUUUGUGGCAGUCAUAAUGGAUAACUUUGAGUAUCUGACCAGAGACUCGUCCAUCCUGGGGCCUCAUCACCUCGAUGAGUUUAUCCGGGUUUGGGCUGAGUACGACCCAGCUGCGUGUGGCCGUAUCAAGUACCUCGAUAUGUAUCAGAUGCUGCUCCACAUGUCCCCACCCUUAGGUUUGGGAAAGAAAUGUCCGCCAAGAGUCGCCUACAAGCGCCUCGUCAAAAUGAAUAUGCCUAUUGCUGAUGACAACACAGUUCACUUUACCUCCACUCUGAUGGCACUGAUUCGCACAGCACUGGAGAUCAAGUUGGCGUCAGGAAUGGUAGCCCAGCGAUUAUGUGAUGCAGAGUUAAAAAAGGAAUUGUCCACAGUGUGGCCCAACCUUUCCCAAAAGACCAUGGACCUGUUGGUCACGCCACAUAAACCCAAUGAGCUCACAGUAGGGAAGGUUUAUGCAGCCUUGAUGAUCUUUGACUACUAUAAGCAGAAUCGAGCUAGGAGACUGCAGCAGCAACAGAGCGCUUUGGGCUCCCAGUGCAAGGUCGGGGCUCUAUUUAAGCCAUUGCUGCCUCUGACUCACAUACAGGAGAAAGACCUCCCUAAGAUGUUAAACAGUGUGGAGCCUCCCAGCAUGCUUAGGUACCAGUCUAAAUCCCAUGCCAAGUCUCAGCCACAGACCAGACCUAGCUCCAACUCCCUCAACAAUGGAGGCACUCUGCCAAGUCAAGAUCACACCAUCAAGCCAUCAUCUUCCUGGGUGAUUGAUAAACCCAAAGAAGUGCCAUGGGCUAAGAAUAAGAGAACGAUGUCCCGGGGCCCAUCUGAGGACACUUCAGACACUGCCAUCAAUCAGGAGUCGGUAGAGAUGAAGAAGAUGGAGACCAGUGUGAGCAGUAGAAUUCCAUUCACUGGCUCCGGUCUGGAAAACCAGGGCCGAGCUGCUUCGAUGCCUAGACUCAAUACUGAGCUGCAG